CCUUGACCCUGUCCGGUUGGUCAAUAUGGAAUUACAAUGUAGUUGAACGACUGACCACUUUCUGCCAGGUGAUCCCCACCCUUCACCCGCAAGCCGAACAGUGAUUUUCCUCCGUCAUUCCGAUUCGCGAUUGAUAACCUCGGCUUCAAGACCAAAUCCUGUUGCGCGACGGACGAUACACACCGUACAUGCGCGGAUCCUAGUGCACAGGAGUACUCGAUUAGUCAGGGGCAUAUUGAAGGAACCCAAACGGAGGCAAAGCAAAAGUUGAAGUAACUCUUAAACACCGCAUCGAUGCCAGUGAGCGGGUCGUCGGCGAGACUCUGCGUGGACUACAUUCCAGCCACGCUGGGGUCUCGAAGGGUGUCGAUACUGCCUCGAGGCACGAGGCCAGCCUAUGUCAGACAAUGCAGAAGGAAUGUACAUCAGCCAUAUGCCAGUGUGAACCGUUCCCAGACGCCAACCCCGGCAAUCGUCCAUUUAACCAGAGGGUUGAACAUCCGUGGGCCCCGGCCGGGUCAUGAGUAUAUGCGACAGUACGCGACAGCAGCGGCGAACGAGGUCAGGUCGGAUGUUGCAACUGAGCUACAGGGUGGUCCUUUAAAAGAGUAUGAUGCGCGCGUGCAACAGGGUCGGCUACGGGAUGACCCAUACCAGAGACAGAUCAUUGGGACGCUACAAGACCUGCACGAAAGGCUGCGAAGCUACAACCCUCCGGCCGUCAUCCACCCGAAUCCCGAAUCCUUGGAUCUUCAGCCGAAAACGUCGUUCCUGGGCUCUCUGUUCGGGCGUGGGAAGGCAAAGGAAGAGUUAGCCAUCCCCGAGAACCUUCCAAAAGGCCUGUAUAUGUAUGGAGAUGUCGGGUGUGGGAAAACAAUGCUCAUGGAUCUGUUUUACGAGACUUUGCCCUCGAAUAUCGUGUCCAAGUCUCGGAUCCAUUUCCACAAUUUCAUGCAAGAUGUCCAUAAGCGCAUGCAUGUGGUCAAAAUGCGGUACGGCAAUGAUUUUGAUGCGUUGCCUUUGGUAGCAGCGGCCAUUGCCGAGAAAUCGAGCGUGCUGUGUUUCGACGAGUUCCAGUGUACGGAUGUUGCGGAUGCUAUGAUUCUGCGGAGGCUUCUGGAGUCCCUCAUGUCCCAUGGGGUCGUGCUCAUCACCACUUCCAACAGGCACCCCGACGAUCUGUACAAGAACGGCAUCCAGCGAGAGUCGUUCAUCCCGUGCAUCAACCUUCUGAAAACCGCUCUGGAUGUGAUCAACCUGAACUCUCCCACAGACUACCGCAAAAUCCCUCGGCCGCCUUCCGGCGUCUACCACCACCCACUGGGCCAGGAUGCUGAGCAACACGCCCAGAAGUGGUUCGAGUUCCUGGGUGAUCCCAAGGAUCCUCCCCACCCCGCAACGCAGGAGGUCUGGGGCCGCAAGAUCGAGGUUCCCCUGGCGAGCGGCAGAGCCGCUCAGUUUAGCUUUCAGCAGUUGAUCGGUCGAGCGACAGGAGCCGCGGACUACCUGGAGUUAGUCCGGAACUACGACGCCUUUAUCAUCACGGACGUUCCUGGGAUGACCUUGAAUCAGCGAGAUCUUGCGCGUCGGUUUAUUACAUUCAUUGACGCCGUCUAUGAAAGCAGGGCCAAACUAGUCCUGACCACAGAAGUGCCUUUGACCAACCUCUUCCUCUCCGAGGCGGAAAUGAAGAGCUCUCUCGGGGAAGGCGAAGGUAGCGAUCUCUCCGACGCGAUGCGCAUGAUGAUGGACGACCUUGGUCUCUCCAUGCAAGCCCUCAAGUCCACCUCCAUCUUCAGCGGUGAUGAGGAACGGUUUGCAUUUGCCCGGGCGCUCUCGCGUCUCUCCGAGAUGGGCAGCAAACAAUGGGUGGAGCGGGGGUUGGGUGUCGGACUGGAUGCCGAGCAGGGGAAAAGCGAGCACGACGCAUGGAUGAAAGCGAGAAGUCAUUGGAGUGAGGAUAACAUGUGAUGAUGAUUCCACGUUGAUCCUACGUUCCUCCCAUUUCGUUGCAUUAGACUUGGGGUGUUGUAUACCAUUUCGUUUUCUUUCUUUCUUUCUUUCUUUCCUCCUUUCAUUCUCCUUCACGCAUGGGAUGUAUAUAUUGACCUAGAUAGAUGUGUGGCACUUUGCAAGUUUUGC